AUGUCGGAGCCCGUGGCCAUGAACCUGCUGGAGGAUUGGUGCAGGGGCAUGGGACUGGACAUCCACAGGUCCCUGUUGGUCACUGGUAUCCCCGAGCACUGUAGCCACGCAGAAAUUGAGGAGACCUUGAAUGGGGUCCUCUUGCCACUGGGCGCAUACCGUGUGCUCAACAAAAUUUUUUUGAGGCAAGAGAACGUGAAGGCUGCUCUAGUUGAGGUUAGCGAGGGUGUGAAUCUGAGCUCUAUACCCCGGGAGUUCCCAGGGAGGGGCGGUGUCUGGAGAGUGGUCUGCAGGGACCCCACCCAGGACGACGAAUUUUUAAAAAAUCUGAACGAAUUUCUGGAUGCCGAAGGACGCUCUUGGGAGGACGUGGUGCGCCUCUUGCGGCUUAACCCCAACCCACCACUCCCGAAUUCAAAUCAGCCUCCACUGAACUGGGCUGAAGCGUUAGGGUUGCUCCUGGGCACGAUAGUACAGGUCAUCUUCUACAUGGAUGCUGCGAUCCGUCAUCGGGAGGAAGAAGCGAGGACUGAAGAGGCUGCUGAGGCUGAGUUGAUGGCGGCUUGGGCUUCCACGGCGAGGAGAGUAAAGAAGGAACCCGGGCUGGGCUUAGAAGUGGGCUCAGCUUUCAAGAUGGAGGACCGAAACUAUUGGAAGAACACAGAGGACCAUGGUGACCCUCCAAAACCUCUAGUUCGCAGGGCUGGAGGUAAGAUUCGCUCUAGGAGAAGGAAGCAGAAAAAAAAUCCUAAGCAAGAACCAAUAUGCUGGAGAAAACCCCAAGGCAGCAAUUACAACAGCAAUUACAAUAAGGGUAAUUUGGAAGCUGGUGAAGCUAUGGCUGCCCAAAGCUCAGACAUCCCAGAGUCUGUCAAGAGCAACAAAAAACCCUUUGUGAAGCAGGAGGAGACAGUUUGGAAGAAGAGGAGAGUCUGGAGGGAUCCAAAUGAUCUUCCUCGGAGUGCGCUGCCCACAGCUGUCAGCCCCCGGAAUCUAGAGGAUUCAGAUCAAGAUGGUGGACCUGAGAACCCCCCAAAGAAGAAAGCCAUGACCUGGGCCUCUAACAAGAUCCCUGCCCUCACCAGGAAGAAGAAGAAGAUGAGCUUGGGGGCUCUCUCAUAUGUCCUGGUUGACUCUGAAGCCACCAAGAACAAAACAGCAAUUCUGAAGAAAGGGCUUGGUUCUAGAAGAGCCAUGCCGGUUCCUCAGGGGACCCAACCUGAUGAUGCAUCUGCUUCAACAUCCAGGGUUCAGGAGACCAAGCUGGGAGGCUUCCCUUGUGUCUCCAAAGGUGAAUGCAUAUAG